UGCUUGAAGUCCACGAGGCAUGCGCAAUCCAGCGGCGAGGCGCGCGGUUAUUCCGUUUACAAAAUGGCGGAGUGAAUAAGGAUAAAGCGAAAUUGAAAAAAUUGAAGAGGCAGCAAGAAACGGAUUCCUACAGAUAGCGAAGGUUUAUAUGGAAAGAAACUACAUUAGGCUGCAAAAAUUUUAUCACAUCGAUUGACAAGAAAAAGUUGCAAUGGCGAAGAGGAUUGCUGACAAGGAACUCACUGACAGGAACUGGGAUCAGGAAGAAGAAAGCGAAGAGGCUGGGAUUUUCUCUAUAGCAAGUGAAGAUGUCCUGAAAAGCAGACCUAUCAAAAAAGCAAAGCGCAGAAACUUAGGAACUCAGGCUGACAGUGGCGGAACCUUUAAGGGGUUUAAAGGCUUCUCUCUGUGUGGAGCAGGCUCUGGGGGAGCUGGAGGAAGUGCUGUAGGCUUUGGAAACGGUUCUCUAUUUAAACCACUGCCAAGCCUGGCCAACGGAAGCAGCGGUUUAUCAAGCACACCCUCGUUCACUGGGUUCAACGCGGCCUCUGAAACGAAGACCACAUCUGGCUCAUUAACAUUUAACGGCCCUGCCUCCACCCAGCUUCAGAAGAGUGAUGUCAGUACAGAAUCUAAUGGUGUGAGUCAGUCCAGCUCUGCCCCUAGCUCCACUCAGAAUAAAAGCCACAGCAGUCUAGAAUAUAACAGACAGCUAGCUAGCCUGAACUGCUCUCUGCGGGACUGGGUCACGAAGCACGUCAAUGACAACCCCCUGUGUGACCUCAGCCCUAUAUUCAGUGAUUACAAGAAGCAUUUAGCCAGCAUUGAGCAGAAACACAGAGGCAGCUCCGACAGUGGCUCCGAGAGCGAUGCCAGCAGCAGACAGUCUGAGUCUUUCUCUCUUCCGACGCUCAGCUCUUCAAAGCUUCAGCAGGGUGCAGGAACAGCAUUGUUCCCAUUCAGCAGCGACCAAAAGGAGAGCACCACUUCAGAAAAGAGGGCAGGCUCUGCCGUUUCAGCAGCCCCCGCCACCAAUGUCACGUUUAGUUUUGGGAAGAAAGUGGACAGCUCUGUCUUGGGAUCCCUGCCUACCACUAGCACAGCAGCAACACCUACUUUUUCUUUUUCAAGCCAAGGCACAAGUUCUUUAUUUGGAAGCCAAGGAAAACCUCCAGCCACUUUCUCUUUUGGUUUGUCAGCACCUCAAACAACUAGUGGAAAUGGAAAUACCCCAAAAGAAGAAAGAGGUAAUGAAGAGCAGACUGAAGAGCCUCCCAAACCUGUUGUCAAUGAAGUGAAAGAGGAUGAUGCCUUUUAUUCUACAAAAUGUAAGCUGUUCUACAAGAAAGACAAUGAAUUUAAAGAGAAGGGUGUGGGCACGCUGCAUCUGAAACAAGUAGCUGAACAAAAGACCCAACUGUUGGUGAGAGCGGACACCAAUUUAGGGAACAUCUUGCUAAACAUUCUGGUGCAGUCUUCAAUGCCCUGCACAAGGAUGGGAAAGAACAACGUCAUGGUAGUGUGUGUCCCCAACCCCCCAGUGGAUGAGAAGAGCCCAACCACACCCGUCCCGAUGUUAAUCCGGGUGAAAACUGCACAGGACGCCGACGAGCUGCACAAAAUCAUAAUGGAAAAGAAGGCUGCAUAGCAUUCAGAGUGUGUGCAGAAAUGUGGUCACUCGGCUGCUUUGAAAAUCUUUUUUUCAUCUGGUGGUCCUUUGGGUGGAGCGCAGUAAAAAAAAUUGUGGAGUACUGUGUUUUUAUAUUGCUGUUGAGAUCAUUUAAGAUAUUUCAAAGAAAUAUAUAAUCUUCACAUCCAUCGUAAUGAAUGAUAAACAUUGUAGGACCUCCUUUUUACGCUGCAUGCGUAUUUUAGUUUAAGUAAAACUGGUCAUCAAAACUGUGAACUGCAAAUCCACUUUUUUCUCCUUUUUGAUCUGAACCGUUCCUAGAUGCACAUUUUUGUUUUAUUUUAAUGUUGUCUGAAAGCCAGGCGGUCAGCGGAUACAGGCUCAUAGGAUAGUGAUGCUUAAUUUUACACCUCUCCAUUUGGGGGUGGGGGGGAUAAACAAGGGAAAAGUUUGAGUGUACAGCAAGUGUUUUUAAUUACUUACAAACUGUCUGCUAAGGACUUACCUGGACUGAGUAACAUUCCAGUGAGUUUGUGCUGCUACCUUUUUAAUCUUCAGUAAAAAUAGAUAGGGAAGGAAGAGUAGUAGCUGGGAAGAUCCUGAGGCUUGUCCUUGGGAGUGAUUAAGUUAAUUAACCUUUUUACUACAGUGUUGUGCCAGGAGAAUAUUCUGAGGAUUGGCUUAACAUAAAAUAGUUUACAGCUCAAUGUGUUUUGUAAUAUGACAACAUUAUAAUGCAUUUUUGAAAUUGACAAAUUUGUCUAAAAUGACUUUUGCUGGAGUAUGCAGAGCUUGACUUUCAAUUAAUUUAGGGUGUAGUUAAAUUUGAAAUUUAGUCUCAAGUUUGCAAUUCUAUAGAUAUGUAUGUAUGUAUGUAUGUAUGUAUGUAUGAUCUCAACAAAAGCUAUCAGGGUUUAACUAUUUUUAAAAAAACUUGAAUUACCAAUUUUCAAAACUGUAAAAUAAGGCAUUUUUUACAUUGUAUAUUUAAACAAUGACUACAUGUAUUUAUUCAAUAGAUGAAAUUCCUCUUCCAUGGCAAAACAGAUUUUAACCUUUUCAGUCACCUUGCCAAUAUAUUUAUUUGGAUUUACUAGUUCUGAAGAGUUCUGCUGUGCUUGUAGAAUGACCGUGGUGAAAAUGUAACCCUGAAAUUGUUUGACUUCUCCACAACUUGUCUUAAUGUUACGCUUUGUUGCAGAUUUAAGUCUGCGUAUUCGUCAGCUGUACUGCUAAAAUGGAUUUGAUUGAAUCUUAAUAGUGUCUUUUGUAUGCCUUUGUAGAAGUGGCCCACUGGUGUAUUCAUGCAAAGGUGCCCAAACAACUUUGUAAAAGUUAUUUGGGUGAUUUGGUAAAUAAAACUAUUACAUUUACAUGAAA